UAGCUGCAAGAGAUUUUUUAACUGAAUUCAGAUUAAUUUAUUGGAAAAUGCAGAGUUGCGAAAAUAAAAUUGAAAAAUUGCAAACCUUGCCCAUAGAGGAUUGGCCUAAACUCUGUGAGCUGUAUAAAGCGGACUGGCCAAAACACAUCAUUAGUUACUAUACAAUAAGAAAUUUCAUUAAUUGGACUACAAAAAAUACUCAAAUAGACGAUGUAAGAAUAUUAACCAUUGGCGAUUGGCGACAGCAUGGUACCUACAUAUUGGAGAAUCGAAGCAAAAUACGUUACAAUAUAUACUUUAACACUCUUGCAUCAAGAACUGAAGAAAUUAUGUUGGAAGCUUUAAAUUGUUUAGAUACUAAGCCAGCUUACACAUUAGCAGGAUAUGUGGAGAGAUCUCGUUUUACCGUUAUAGAACACUUAAAAACCUUGGGACUUUCUAUAGAUGAAUCAUAUAAAGGAUAUUGUCCGGCUCUCUUGUAUUACUUGCCGAAAGAAGAAUCUAUAAAAUUAAUAAGCAAACCAAUUAACGGAUUUGUUAUUAAACCAUUAACAGAAAAAUAUAUUGAACAAAUCAAUGAUUCAUGGCCUCAUAAAUAUCCAGGCUCGGAUUACUUAAUUCAACGGAUUGUGCGCUUUAACCACACUAUCGGCGUUUUCGAUACAAUAACCGGAGUCCUUUGCGGCUGGGUUAUGGAACAAGAAUAUGGCACGAUUGGCAACUUGCAUGUGGAACCAAAAUAUCAGCGUCGUGGACUAGGUAUGUCCCUCGUACGUUUACUUUGCAUUGAAAUGGCUAAAGCUGGAUUGGAUGCUACAACAGCAAUAAUGGUAACGAAUACAGCAUCACGAAGCUUAUUUGAGAAAAUUGGCUUCAAAGUGAUCGAUAAGGUUUAUUGGUACGAUAAAGUAGCUUUUGAAUGAAGAUCUAUGUAUCUAGCGAGACACACAGUAGAUGAGCCAUGUAUCUAUCUGUGCGCUUGUAGUUAAUGUUUAAGUAUUUGAUCUAAAUGUUAGUAUGUAGCAUUAUUCUUACGCCAUUUGUAUUUAUUUUU